AUGGCAGCCUCAGUUUGUGACCAGUGGUUGCAACCAUUACGAAAGAAAAUUAAACAUUCGAAGCUUCGCUGGGCGUAUAGUAUAGCACAAACUUCGUCCUUAACAGUUCUCUUUGUUAUACAGCAAUAACGUCAAACGUAUUGGCAAUGCAUGGAAAACAGAAGGCAUCGACGUCGCCGAGAACACUUAGAACAUUAAAGAUAUGUCUUCCUAUUUCUGAUGUUGGUGUUGGUUUAUUUGGUCAGCCAUUCUACAUUUCACCUCUUGUCAAGUUGUUGCAAAACGACAACUGUGGGUGUGUUUACUAUCAGGGCUUAAACAUCACGCAGGCAUUAGUGAUAGUUUGCCUAGUCUUGAUAUGUAAAACCAAGUAAAUUAUAGUCAAUUUUGUGAUUUAAGUCUGAGAAUAAAAUCAUGAUUGUGCAACAUCAUCUAGUUCUCUGGUACUGUUGUGACUAAAUGCGCGGCAAGCUGUCGGUUUUCUUUUGUUUUUUCUUUAUAUCAAAGCUAGUUUCAUAAAGGUAGUUCACAAAGCGGUGACGGCAAGGGAAAUGCUUGUAGAUAAAAUACGCUGAACAAGCGGCAAGAAGCCAAGAAGCCACAUUAAUUCACUGCAAUUAUUCGUAAUAUCUACAUACUUUAUUUUGAAAAAAAUUUGUUUGAGCAGCUGCCAAUUUCAAGUAAUUUAUAAAAAUGGAAUUUUUUUUGUUUUUUGCUUUUACAAAUAUUUCAUUUAGUACUGUUACUCGAUUAUACCGGUAGCUGUCAAUUAAAAUAACAACUUAAAGUGGUCUAAUAUUAAAAAGCUACCCGGCGUAAAGGAAAUAUACAAUUAUCAAACAAUUUACCAAUUGAUACAUUAUCUAAAACUCACCUGACAAUGUUUACACCAUCUUGUUCAUGUGUCUCUUCUUACCUUAAACGUCCUCCACUAAAAUUAUUUAUUUAGUUAAGUAAUCGUUCUAAACAUGAGGCCAAAGAUUUGACAAAAAUCCAUGGAAAAUAGUCUUUUGCACAAAUUACAUGACUUCCGAUGAGUUUAAUUUAAAAAGGGCUUCUAAGGCACUUAACAAGCCGUAGUUAUUAGAACUGACUUUUAGUAUUGACUGUUCUUUACAUCGUGGGUAAGUUGAGUAAUUAAAAAGGCGGUUUUUUUUUCUCAAAUGGUGAAAUGUUUCAUUUUCCUAAGCAUACCUCCGGAUGCAUAAAAGCUUUUAUGAAAGCAAAUAAAAAUACAUCUUGCGUCAAGAGAAAUAUUAAUUUAAAGUAGUCUAACAAACAAAUAAAGAACAACUGUCAUGAUCUAAUCUUCAUUCUGCCUCUUCCCUCGUUUCACCACAGGAUUUCCAUCCUGCAUCACAUCUCUUUGAUGUAAGAAUUUCCCCACUGAGCUUCCUCGUGGAGUUUUUAUCCCAGUCAGUAUUUUGAAAAAGAUCAUCCUACAGAGCUAUUUCACCCGCUUUCACCUCACCAUUUACGACUUCGUCAAGACUCUUGUCCCUAUCAUGGAAGACUCCGUAUGCAACUACUGGCGACAGGUAUCGCCAAAAAUAUCUGAAGUAAUGAAGCUUAGUUGGACUUAUGCCUUAAGUGUGGUCGUCAACAGUUUUCUAUGUUAUACAGCAAUAAUGUUAAACGUAUUGACAAUCCAUGGAAUACGAAAAACAUCCUCUUUGCCAAGAACACUCCGCACGUUACUGAUGAAUCUUGCUGUUUCCGAUGUUGGUGUAAGUUUAUUUGCUCAGCCAUUCUACACUUCAUUUCAAUACAAGCUGUUAGAGGGCAGCAACCCCGAGUGUAUUUUCUAUACGGCUUUUCAUGUCACAUUGAUUCUGUUUAGCGUGGCUUCUUUAUGUGGUACCACAGCCAUAACCCUGGACAGGCUCUUAGCCAUCCAUCUUCAUCUAAGAUAUCAAGAACUUGUGACUCACAAGCGGGUCGUUAUUAUGGUGAUCUCCACAUGGACGCUGAGUGUUUUUCUUUCUGUGAUGUGGCUCUGGUUUCCGUUGCACCUUUCCAACUUCAUCACAACUAUUCUCGCGAUUUUUUUUCACUUUCUGACAGCAAUGGCCUACUUCAAGAUUUAUUUAGCUGUAAGGCACCACAAGACUCAAAUACAGUCCCUGCAAGUGCAACGCGAAGCUCCGCAGCCUGGUGAAAGGGCAAAUUUUGCUGGUCUUAUUAAAUUGGUAAUCGGUGUUUUCUACUUGUAUAUCGUCCUUUUCAUUUGUUACUCGCUGACAUUUACUUUCUUUUUCAUCAUGGCAUUAAAUCAUCGUGGCAAGCCAGUUGGGAAAAUAUUUUAUUUUUCGUUAUCCCUCAUGUUUCUGAAUUCAUCUUUAAACCCUGUAAUUUACUGUUGGAAGAUGAGACGCAUUCGGCACUCUAUCAUGAACAUACCACGACAAAUACAUGAUUGGUACAGAAACCACUUUGGAUGA